GAUGGAUUCGUCCGGUAUGUGCCCUCACAGGCAGGAAAUUUCAACCGGCUAAUGCCGACCGAAAUUUUCGGCCACGUACCAGUUGGUCCGUUCGUGAGGGUGAUACUGACCGAAAUCUUUUCGUCGGUCACCGUCGACCUACUUUGCUGCCCAGCCGAAGACGCAGCAGAAUGGUGGCUGACUACCGCCGCCAGACUGGUGAGCGUCGAUUGCGGGAUGAGUGCACCUGCAUCAUCCGCAACGGCGUUCACCACUAAGCGGCUGGUAUCCGAGUACGGUCGACGUACUGAUGAUGCGUUGGGUAGCCUGUCAAUAUCCGGCACAGUCAACUACAAGACUGUACUCGAUGCGUUUGUUCAUCCUAAUGUGUACAGGCUGGCCAUCCUGUACACAUUAGUCUCUCGGCGGGCGGACAUGGCGGACGUGGUCACACGUCUGGAGUGCCUGAUCAACCGGUGUGUGGAGGUCAUACCGGUUGUGUUGCUGAUGGCACAUUCCCAUCGCCAGUUAAGCGACUGGAGGUUUGUCGCCGAGAUUGACCCUCGCUCAAGAAGGGUCACCGAAACUCGGGCCGAGCUGCACGAGGCUGGCGUAUCUCAGUCGCUCGUGCGGUUCGCCUGAGUUUUUUUUUUUUUGUAGCCGUUGUUCG